AGACAGCGCACGGCAACGACGCACCAUCAGUCACGCACCCUCCCACCCAAGUCGCCGACUCCCGCCGUCGCCGUCGCGAUCGCGGCGGCCGCCAGCAAUGUCUUGGCUCGCGCGCUCCAUCGCCAACUCCCUCCUCUCCCCCGACAGCCCCGAGGCCGACGGCGAAGACCCCCGCGCCUCCGGCUCCACCUCCCCGGGCUCACCCCCUCGCGGCGUCCGCGAGGACCUCUCGGAGCUCACUGACGCCCUCGCCCACCGGUUCCAGGGCCUCGCCUCCUUCCUCGCGGCGCCCACUCCCGCAGGAAACGGCGGUGCACCCCGCGGGCUGAACCCGGCCGAGAUUGCGGGACGCUUCCGCCUGGGGCUCGCGCGGCUCCCGGGCCGCCAGGCCGUGGCAGAUCUCGCCAAGAACGCCUCCUCUCUACUGCACCCGGACGAAUACUGGGGCGGGUCGGAGGCCGCCGGGGCUACCGAGGACGUGAUCGCCUUCGCGCGGGACGCCGCCAUGCGGCCCGAGCUCUGGCUGGACUUCCCCCUUCUCCCCGACGACGCGGACUCGGAUGAUUUUGACAUUAGUGAUGCGCAGCAAGACCACGCACUGGCCGUCGAGAGCAUGGCGCCGGAGCUGGCAGAUCUGAGGAUCGAACUCUGCCCAAGCCACAUGAGCGAGGGCUGCUUCUGGAAGAUAUACUUUGUGCUACUGCACCCUAAGCUCACAAAGGACGAAGCCGAGCUUCUUUCUACUCCUCAGAUUUUGGAAGCUAGAGAGAAGUUGUCACAAAAUUCGCAACAUCAGACAAAGCUAGAGAGCAACGAAGACACAGUGGCUCUGACUUUCAGUAAUACAGAUGGUACUGUACCUGUGGCUGUAGAGGUGGUCAGCGUAGUAAAAGAUCAAGAUGCUUCCGGCAGGCCCACAGCUUUGGGCAAUGUAGAUUAUGGUAUACUUGAAUCGAUUCCUCUGGAAGAGCUAGCAACAGAUACAGUCAGUGAUGCUGGAGCUGUUCCUUCAGAUAAAAUCAGCAGCGGCGUGCCUGUACAGCUUAUGCCGGUAUUAAGAGAUGCCACUGAGUUCUCACAAUCAAGGAUGGAAGAAACCAUUCACACUUCCUCUAAAGAACAUGCCACUGAGUUCUCACAAUCUAGCAUUGAAGAAAAAACACCCAACUCAAUUACAGAUGAUGCUGUAGCAAAUGAGCAGUGUGUACCAUUUGUAGACAGUGCUCCAUCGGAAGAAGAUCAACGGAAAUGGCCAUUGAGUGACCUCAGCAAGCAAUCAAGAGUUGUCAUUCAGAAGGCCCAUAGCGAUGACUGUGAUGAUGAUGAGGAUGAAUGGUUGGAAGAGGACACGGGUGGUCCAGGAAGCACGCACAUUCCAAUAGUAGGCGACGAUGAGGAUAUAUCUUUCAGUGACCUGGAGGAAGAUGACUGAUGUAUGAUAUCAAUGGUGAGCUUGGUUAUCACCGUCUUGGUGCUUCUGGUUUGAAACGAUAUGUAUAUGUGGGCUUGGGUUCUGUCCACUGUAUGGUAUCAUGGAUCUGCUAUGAUCAGUGCCCACUGCAGCAGGAUUGUUCACCUUCUGCUCUUAUCUCUGUGCCGCCAAGAUCAGUUUCGCGGUCUAGGUCUCCCUUGUGGCAACAGUGCCUGCUGUACAGUGUGUAGAGAGCACAUACUUGUGCAUGUGGUUGUUUGGAUCAACACUCUGAUUCUUGGAUCAAGUGUGUGUCCUGACAAUGAUGACGGAACUCGAUUAUUCUUAUGUUUCGGUAAAAAAAAGAAAAACAGUUAAUGUCA